GAGCGCCUCCACGUGUGUUGUUGUCUUCGUCUUUCGUUGAGUGAACAAGAGAAACAGCGGUCGUCAUCUCUCCAGGUUGCGCCAUUGUAGCUUUUGCCACUCUGGCUGCUUGCGUCAGUCCUCAUCCACGUGAAGGGAUCCCAUUGGGAGAAUGAAUGCUAUUCGUUUCUUCGGCGGUCUGUGAUGUUUCUGCUGUCUUACUCAUUCUUCUUGUGUCAUCUCGUCUUCCUUCUCGUCACUUCUCUGCUGGACAACAUAGUCGGUUUCUUCGGCUCUCUGUGGUGUUCCCAUUGUCUUAUUCAUGCUUCUUGUGUCAUCUCGUCUUCCUUCUUCUCCUCACUUCUCUGUUGGACAACAUGGUUGGUCAAGAGUUUGAUGUUUGCCGCACCUUCACCCUGCUCUUUCAGCAUUUCGCGCUCUUCAGGUUUCUUCGGCUGUCUGUGGUGUUCCUGCUAUCCUAUUCGUCCUGGAAAUUUUUUGUCAUCCUGUUCGAAUGUCGCCUUGUCUUUAUUUUCUCCUCUUCCCUGCUGGAUAACAUGGUCAUUCGGGAGUCUGAUGUAUGCCGCACCUUCACCCUGCUCUUUGAGCACUCAGCGCUCAUAGUGUCUAUUCGUCUGCCUGUGCUGCUACCACAGUGUCCUCUACUCCUGAUUUGUUUUCUCAUCAUCGCACUUUCUACUUCCUUCUCUAUAAAUCUUUACAACUCAUGUAUUUCUGUUGUCUUUGGACCAGUAGUGCACUUGUUUGACAUAUCCAGUAAUAAUACUUGUCUUUCAUGUAUGUUUUUUGUUUGUCCCAUAUGGGACAUUUAGUUAUAAUAUAUAUACUGUU